AUUCAUAGCCGCUUAUAUCCCUUCAGGUUUCUUCCGCACUGCCCCCCCUCGAGACGAAAAUGGUUGCUUUCAGGUUUCACCAGUACCAGGUUGUCGGAAGAGCUCUCCCGACAGAGAAGGAUGUUCAACCCAAGAUUUACAGGAUGAAGCUCUGGGCCACCAACGAGGUUCGUGCCAAGUCCAAGUUCUGGUACUUCUUGAGGAAGCUGAAGAAGGUCAAGAAGAGUAAUGGUCAGAUGCUCGCCAUUAACGAGAUCUUUGAGAAGAACCCAACAACCAUCAAGAACUUCGGAAUCUGGUUGAGGUACCAGAGCAGAACUGGAUACCACAACAUGUACAAGGAGUACCGUGACACUACCUUGAACGGAGCCGUUGAGCAGAUGUACACUGAGAUGGCAUCCCGACACCGUGUCAGGUUCCCUUGCAUCCAGAUCAUUAAGACUGCAACUGUCCCUGCCAAACUCUGCAAGAGGGAGAGCACCAAACAGUUUCACAACAGUAAAAUCAAGUUCCCAUUGGUGUUCCGUAAGGUGAGACCACCAAGCAGGAAGCUCAAGACCACUUACAAGGCUUCCAAACCCAACCUUUUCAUGUAAAAGGUUCACAUGUUUUUGUUUGGGGCUAGUAUCUUGAUGAAGUUAUGCAACCUGCUGUUUUGGAUUUUCUAUUGAUCCGAUAUCAAUAUUUUAGGUUUUGUAUUCAUCAAACUUGAGUAUUUGUUUCUUGCUAUGAAAAAAACUCUUUACCUUGUUUCCAUA